UACAUGAUUGUUGUGCGAAUGUACGAGUGUUCUGCCAUUCCUAUUCUGAAAUACCUUCUGCAGUUUGGAUUGUUUCCUCUGUCGUUAACUGUUGCUGAUGUACCCUCUUACAAGACGUGUUUCCUUCUCAACCAGGAAGUGAAAAGAUGUCGAGACAACAAUAUCAAUCCAAUGUCAAGUGACAAAGGAGACUAUUACAGAUACCUUCUAGCAUUGCACGGUCUUUUGAAAUCUUUCGAGCUUGUUCUUCAUUUUGAUGCAAAAUUAGCUUUAUCUUGCUUGGUUGAUUUUAAAAAAUGCCACGCUUCCCUGAUGAAAGGUUGCUAUGAUGAUUUUGUGAAACAACUAAAUGAUAUUAUACCAGAAUUAUAUGUCAAUCACUUAAUACACCCUAAACUCAAAACAUUGUGCCAGUUUUUAAAAGAAAAGUACUAUUUCUGUGAAGAAAAUCAUCUUCAUUUUAAAACUCUUAUUAUUCUGAAAAGGAACUUGAAUACGUUCUAUACGUCACUAGAGAAUGUUCUGAAAGAUUUCAUGCUCCCUCUCUCUACCUUUUUAGUACCCGAGAGUGUUCUGCUGCAAGAUUCAACUUCGGUAUUUCGAGUGGAAGAUAAAUCUGUUUUUGCAGUAAGUGCUUCCUCCCUGUCAAAAGACAUACCUUGGAAAGAUCUGACACUGGUCAUCGAAUAUGAGUAUGAUUCUGAUUCCAUGUGGAAGAGAAUGUGCGAAGAACAACGUGUUCCUCAUGUGUUCGUCAAGUUAGCUCCUCUGCCUUUGAAAACAUUUAAUCAAAUCAAAUCCAAUCAUGCUUCAGAGAAAUCCGUCUUUAAUCAGAAGAAAUUCACCAUCAUCGUUUCGUCUACCACUCCAUCAGAGUUACAUCUUCUUCCCUUAUUAAAAUCAAAAGGUACAAUCUCUUUCUACAUUCGGGAUUAUGGAGCAUUUUUACCACAUCUCUAUUUUGCGGACAUAGUGGCAGAUGAGAGAACUGCUAUCGUCUUAACGAGAGGCCUUUCUUCCAUCCAUUCAGCAGAAAACCUCUAUCAUCAACUUUCUUUCCUCUACCUCAAAUACGAAAUGUGUUGGAUCAUUAUAAUGGAGACGAGAGAAACAAUUGAUGUAGAAAACGUUUCGAAAUUGUAUUGGUCUGCAUUUGAAUUAUGUAAAAAGCAUGCCACUUGCAAAUUUAAGAUUGUUUUUGCUCAAAAUGUUAGAGAAAUGGCUGAUCUAAUUGAAUGCAUUCUUUCAAAUACUGCAAGAUUAUCUUCAAAAUUGAAAUCUAGUUCUACUUAUGGUGUAACAUUUGAAGAAGAAAUGACGAAAGAAGAACUCUUUCUCGUAUCUUUUCCAUCAUUGAAUCCAUUUGUAGCGAACUUAAUGCUGUCUGAAAACAGAUUACUGACUCCACUGACUUUGGAUUUUGCUCAUUUAGCUGAAAGAUUUCCCAGUGUACCUGAACGUUUCCUGAGAUGCUUUUACUCGUCAUUGGACAAGGAAUUCACCUUUCCUGGAACACCGCAGUGUUCCGCAUCGAACACACCGUAUUCGAGUGAAGAUGAUGAAAAUGAUAGACCCAGCCAAUCCUCCUUUAAUUUUUCCCCCAACCUUCAGGACACAAGCGAGUACGAGUCCGAUGGCAGAGGAAUGGACGUGGAAGAAGUCAACCUGGACGUCCAGCGAUUAUGCAACGAACCAUACCUGACAGACAGCAACUCAAAUGACCAAGUCAUGGAAGUUGAUCUCAGGUCAAAUGCAUCAAGUGAUGGAUAUAAAGAAUCGAACUCAUAUCCUUCACCUUCUGAGGAAAGAUGUCUCAAAUUCGCCUCUUUAAAUAAGCUGAAUGAAUGUUUGAGUAACCGCGACUUUUCACUCCAAGGCUUGAGUACAUUUUCUGACACUCAAAGGAAGCGUCAUAAUUUCGAGAACACUAUCGAACGUAUUAUGUCACCCGAUCUGGUACCUCAAAAAUCAUGCCUUGACGUUUGUUUUUAUCCAAAUGAUCCAUUAGUAUCAUUUAAGCAGCAGGCGAAAGAACCUCUUAAGAGGAAGUGUACUCCAGAAGACCCUGAAUUGCAAUGUCUGAAGAAGAGUUGCAGAGUUCAGAAAGGGUUGUGUUCUAAAACAGUGACCAAACAAGAUCUGUACCUGCAUUCACCGUCCGGCGGUUGUCACAGCCGUGAGCCAGUUUCUGAAAAGGUAUUUUCGAGUGACCAUCCAGAUUAUUCUCAUUACUUUUCACCUCCAAGACAACAUGAAGCGAAGAGACAAUUUGAUCCUUAUACUUCUGCUUCUCAGAGUAUCCCUUUGACUCCCAGGACAACUCGGAGGCUUGCCUAUGAGGGUGCACGAGGUCAAACUAGAUUAGUAUUCCUCUAAUUACUAUUGCUUUGUUAAUUUAUUAAGAGCAUAUAAAAUUCGUUUGUAUGUUUU